AUGUCGAUAAUCCGGGCCCUUAUUUUGGUCGAGCACCAUCCCAAGAGCGGGAUCCCAACCAAAGUCUUUGCUUUCAGUGAUUUCACGUGUCACCCUGCACAUCAUUCCUCGUGGUCUGCUCCAGAACCUAACACAAAGCCCUGGCGUCCUUUCAGGUCUUGUUUGGAGUUCGAUGUUGCCGAAAUCGCCCUCGAAGCGGCCCUCAAUAAUGAGCAAACGGACCGUCUUUGGGACGCAGUUUCGCAGCGCCUUACGGGGUUUACAAAGGAUGUGAUUUCAAUACCCUUCGCAGAUAAAACAUGGGACUUUGACGUCUACUAUCGCGAUCUUUGGGAGUGGGCUACUGACCUCCUCCAUGAUCCUCAUCUGUUUCCUUAUUUUCAUUUUGAUGCCCAGCGCUUGGCAAAGUUCAAUGGCCAGUCUUUCAAACGAUUCGUAGACGAGCCUUUUACUGCUCAAGACUUUUGGGAUGCUCAAUCGCAGCUGCCGCAUAGCGCUAAGCCCCUUGCCUUCAUAUUGUACGCUGACAAAAUGAAACUAUCUAGUUUUGGAACUGCGAAAGGCUAUCCCGUCGUUGCUCGAUUAGCGAACUUACCCACCCACAUUCGCAACAGUCAAGGAAUGGGUGGCAGUUACAUUGUUGGGUGGCUUCCUGUGGUGAAGGAAGAUAAAGCCCAUGCCGGCAAGCCGGCAUGGGCUAACUUCAAGGCUACAGUAUGGCAUAAAUCCUUUGAAAGGAUACUGUCUUCGCUCGCUGCAAAAUCAAAAAUUGGUCAAUGGUUGGAGUGUCUAGACUUUGUUCAGCGGUGGUUUUUCCCGCUAAUACUCAUUUUAUCUUCCGAUUUCGAGGAACAGUCAACAAUGGCGCUUACUUGUGGUGUUAGAGCCUUAUGGCCAUGCCCAGUCUGUCUUGUUCCCCAUGAUAAACUUUCCGAUAUAUCGCACUGCUAUCCACCGGAGACUGCAGAAGAGAGGGAGGAGGUAUUAAAAGAAUAUGGACUUCGUGAUGUCGUUAAUUCAUUUUCAACAGUGUCCUCUACAGAUGUGCAUCGCGCAUUGUCUUGGGACAAAUUGCACUUUCACUCUGGCGGUCUAUGGUCUGAUCAUUUAUGGGUCGAGCUUCAGAAGUAUAUAAAUAGUCUCGGACGAGAGAAAACGUCGCAAGUAGACAAGAGUUAUCAAGCAUUUCCCCACUGGCGGGACCAAAAACAUCCAAACCAGGUCAUGAAUAUCUCGUUUACCGACAACUCCACGCAUGAAGACAUUUCAAAGAUGAUAGUAUAUGCGACCCACAAUAUAUUGACAGAGGCAGACUGUCCUCUCGGUUACCUGCUCCUUCGUUGUCUCCGACUUUACCUCGAACUCGAUAUGUACGCCUCGCUCGAAGUUCACAUGAUGGAGACCAUUAGCAGUGGCCGACACACACACCUUGCAUUUGCGGCUCUUUUGCGGCAAUACAUCAACAAAACGGUCGAGAGUGACAAGAACUGGAACUUCCCGAAGUUACAUAUGGGCUCGCACAUUUUCGACGAUGUCGAGGCAAAAGGAGCAACACGCAACUACAAUACCAAGCCGAACGAGAAGAUGCAUGGCUCGUUAAAGGACUCGUAUUUGCUGCGCACGAACUUUCGUGACGUAGCAGAACAGAUCCUCCGUAUCAAUACAUGGCAGGUGGCUGCAGAUCAUAUACGCCGCCGCUUAUUCGAAUUCGACGAUCAUCAACGCCAAUUGGAUGAAGAAGACUUCCUCGCCACUGUCGUUGAGCGCCCUGUCUCAACGAGUAACUCCUUUCAUGUUAAACUCGGAUCGAAGCAACCUCCGCUGACCUUUGAUGCGAUUCAGACGGCUCAUCAAGCAGACCAAGCCUUCAUUAAUUUCCGUGUCAAGCUCAAUGAUUUUCUCAAUGUUCUUUUACCCUCGUUGAGCAUUCCGUUGCCUGGAGGCAAACAUAUUCAUCUCCGAGGAACUGACAAGAUUACAGAGCACCGCUUUAUUCGCAUCAACUAUGAAUCAAUGGUCGAUUGGCGUCAAUGUACAGACUAUCUUCGUUCCAACCCUCGUUUCUUUGGUUCACCACGCUUCGACUGCGUCUUCAUUCGGUUGACUAAGAAUACAGUCAUUCUUGGCCGGCUGGUCUUCUGUUUUGAAUGUCUGGUUGGGAAUAACACAUUUCCCCUGGCCCUUGUUCACCCUUUUGACGUUCCUACUGGUUUGCGCACUCGAAAGGACAAGGAUCUCAACCUUUUCAGGGUUCGUGCAAGACCACGAGCACAGGCACAGUUUUUUCCUGUUAGAUCAUUCAUACGCGGGGCCCUUCUGAUAGCGGAUGGACCUUCUGAUUAUCUCGUAGUUGAUACCGCAGAUACUGACAUGUUUCUUCGCAUAAAGAUGAUGCAUCUGGAGGCAGGGCACAUCGUGCGCGUUUGA